UCGAUGACAUUUAACAAGUGAUGGACGACGUUUCGUGAACUCGGAACGAAUCGGAUAUAAUCUUUUGUGGACAAACUCUAUUGUUGUUGAACCGGAAGAGGAUUUAUUGUUCUGUACCAAGUCGCGCUUGUCGUCUUCUAUGUGAAUCAGCUGACAGCAUGGGGAUUCUGCUGUUACUUGCUGUCAUGCAAGCGGUGACAGUCGCUUUGGUGACUGCAGAGUGUCCCGUGGUGUGCGAGUGUCCCGCCGGGCCCCCAUCCUGUGCCCCGGGGGUGAGUUCUGUCCCGGAUGGAUGCGGUUGCUGCAAAGUGUGCGCCGCGCAGCUGAACCAGGACUGCCGCGAAGGUCGGCCCUGUGACCACCAUAAAGGCCUGGAGUGCAACUAUGGCAAUGAUGUUGGUCGUACCAAUGGCAUCUGCAGGGCAAAGGCAGAGGGCCGCUCCUGCGAAUACAGUGGGCGAAUCUAUCAAAAUGGCGAGAAUUUUCAAGCUGGCUGCAAGCACCAGUGCACCUGCAUCGACGGGGCAGUGGGUUGCGUGCCCCUUUGCCCCAGCCACGUGCCCCUGGCAUCACCUUCCUGUCCGGCCCCACACCUGGUCAAGGUGCCGGGCCAGUGCUGCCUCAGCAUCGAGUGCCACAAGGGAACAACCGUUGUGCCGCCGGUGCACCGCCGACGUCAACCUCCGGUUUACCCGCCGUACCCCUUCAUUCCCUACCCGGUUUACCCUUACGUGAAACCGUAUGCAAAACCUUACCAGAAGCUGUAUCCCUACAAAUCCAAAAACGAGAUGGACACCCUGGGAAAUGAGUUAGUGGAGGUGGGCCGCAAAUGGGACAAGCCACAUGGCCACAAGCACCUGGCGGCGUGGAAGCAGGUGGGAGAUCAGUGCGUGGUCCAGACCACUUCCUGGUCCCAGUGUUCUCGCAGCUGUGGGAUGGGCAUUUCCUCUCGCGUUACCAACGACAACGCCCGCUGUAAGCUGGUCAAGGAGACCCGUCUGUGCAACAUACGACCCUGCAGCUCCAUGUCGAUCCCAGCCAAGAAAGGGAGGAAGUGCUCCCGGACCCACAAGGCCCCCGAGCCGCACCGCCUGUCCUACGCCGGUUGCAGGAGCACUCGCCUGCACAGGCCCAACUACUGCGGCGUGUGCAGAGACGGCCGCUGCUGCUCACCACGUCGCACGCGCACCGCCAGCGUCACCUUCGCCUGCCCCGACGGCGAACGCUUCACCAGAUCCGUCAUGUUCAUCCAGUCGUGCAAGUGCAGCGACGAGUGCAACCAUCUCAAUGAGGCGGCCAUGCCCCCGCAGCUCUGGCUCUACGGAGACACACACAAGUUCAUUGACUAGUUCACUUACUAGCUCCUCAGACCCUACAUUCCUAGCCACAUGACACCCCCACCCCUGCAGUCCCCAUUAUGCCUAUUUCGAAAUACUUAAGAAUUAUUUAUUCCUUGUAUUUUUUUGUUUGUUCUGAACUUGAUCUGUAUUUUUUAAAUUCUCAUUUUGUGGAUGAUACCAUUAUUCAGCCAAUACACAUAUUUUACAUUAGGAAAAAAGUCACAGCAUACCACCAGAAAAAGUCACAAAAAGUGGAUGCACAGGUUAAUUGCGACCGAGUGGAAAAGCAUUGAAUUGUUUUGCCUGUCACUGUACAUCCAUCCAUUUUCCGUUUCGCUUAUCCUCACGCGGGUCGCGGGCGUGCUGGUGCCUAUCCCAGCUGAGUCUGGGCGAGAGGCGGGCUACGCCCUGAACCGGACGCCAGCCAAACGCAGGGCACAGUAAUAAAAUUUAAAAAAAAAAAAAAAAAAAAAUGAAGAAAAAAAACAUUCACACCAAUUAACCUAUCAUAGAUGUUUUUGGAAUGUGAAAGGAAACCGGAGCACCUGGAGAAAUCCCACAUAGGCACGAGGAGAACAGGCGAACUCCACACUGGUGAGGCCGGAUUUUAACCCCGGUCCUUAGAACUGCGAGGCAGAUGUGCUAACUCGCCGCCCAUUAUACAUUGCUACAUUUUUUUUUUAGAGUUAAUAUACAAUUUCCCGUUGAACACCACGGCACAAUAAUGUGCCACAACACACUGGUUGGGAAUCAUUGCUUUAAUGUGUAGAAUUUAUGUACGGACUCGCAAUCCAGUCUGAAGUCAACCCACACCACAGCGUUACUUUCUCAGACAGUACAUUAAAGCAGAGAUUUCCCACCAUUGUGCGACACAUCAUCAAAUGUGCUGUGGAAAAUGAUCCAAUUUGACUUAAUUGGUCCUAAAAUUGUUAUAUAUUCACUACAAAUAAUGUGUCUUUGUUCAUCUAUCGAUGCCAAUGACAUAUAUUGACAGGCGGAAUAAUUCCAUGCUCUUCCAGUAGGUGGCAGAAAGAGCAAUAAUCCUGCAUAUCCACCUUCUGUCAGAAAGAUUUCACACUCAUUUGUGGCUCAUUAUUUCAGUAUAUCUACUUUUUGACAUUUUAGUUUGGUGGUGUGCUGUUAGAUUUUUGUAAUGAAAAAUGUAAUCGUGGCUCGAUAAAGUUAAAAAAAUAAUAAUAAGGAAAUGAGAAAAUAAUUAAAGAUGACAUUAUUUUACUUUACAUGACAGAACAAACAAAAAAAUGAGAAAGAAAAAUACAAUUAAAGAAUAAUUUAUUUAUAAGUAUUAUAAAAUACGGAGUGACUUUUCAAUCACCCUGUAGAAUCACUGUCCUUAUCCUAUCAAUGAGUAGAUGCAAGAUGCCAUUUGCGAAUUUUUCGGGGAGAAAAGGGGAAGGAUUUUGUGAGCAUCUUCAUCAGAUUAGCUCUGCUUCAGUGUAGAUUCAAAUGUUGUUGUUUUUUUGUUUGUUUUUUUGGCCUUGCUGGAGAGUUUUGUUUCUCUAAGCCAGCCAGCUGUGCACCAAGAACCCCCCCACCCCCCCCGAACUCUGUGAGACUUUUGUUUGCUGGGGGUGACAUGUAAAUAGCUGACACACAAAUACAUAACUGUUGCUGAUUUAUUUUGUUAGUCAUGUGACAGAAGUUAUGAGUGAAUGCGGCCUAAUAGUACUGAUAAUCCAAAUCAUGGAGGUGGAGAGUACUUGUCCCAAAGGUCUGAUGAUGAUGAUGUCGUUCUGACACACACGUGGCCCGUGACCUUAUUUGGUAUUUAUUCAUUCGUAUUUAUUGUUGGGUUUCACACACAAGCGGCCGGCCGUUAGGGAAGGCAGCAAGUUUGGAGCAUCCGAGGGACAAAACAGCUGAGGUCCGUCAGCUACUGAAGGACGUGACCUCCCACAGAUUGACAUCAAUCAUAGUUCACCGUUGGAUGGUGAAAGCUACCGGGGAACCCCCCCCCCCCCCCCCCCCCCCCCCCACUCCCAAAAAAAAGAGAUGAAACCUGAUGUGUUAGGGAUUUGAAAUGCAUGUCAAAGGUUGUUUACACAGCUGGACUCAUCCCCUGGUUUGUCUCCUCAAGAAACUGAGGCAUUUAGCAAGCACCGGAGGAACAAGCCUGGGAAUCUGGCGUCAGGAAGUCGACCGCCCGAUUCUGUGCAAAUUACAAUCCUUAUUUAAGCAGCGAGAGAUAAAUCCUUGCCCGCUGGAUUGCUGUAAAAAUAAAAAUCCAAAACUGUGUGUACCGAGGUAAACCUAUCAUUUAUGAUGAGAGGGCGGAACCGCUGCGCUGCCGAAAAGGGCCUGUCAUCAAGAAGCUACGGUUGGAAGCUGAUUCCUGAACCCAAACCAUUAGUCAUGCUUCUUACUGUUACUGUAAAUUGGAGUCAAUGAAGGGACUGUAGUCAGAAGAGUGUUUUGGCUCCGUAGUCAACAAGAAGCUCAUUUUUUAGGAUGCUUUUGGAACUUGAGUCAUGACCCGAUGUAGUAACAUGUCUUGUCCUUAACCAACUACAAAUUCGAAACCAUAGUUCUCUUACUGCUGUGCCAUAGCGGCUUUAGCACAUUUGUUUGUUUUUACCAUGCGACCUUUCUUAGUCAAAUGUCAGAUAAAAGUGUUCUCCAUGUUUCCUGUGCUCUUUGCCUACAUAGAUGCCGUUGCUCUGGAACUAUACCUUUAGUUUUGUUAUAGGGACAUACUAGAGCAGCAAUGUCCGGGCUGUAUAUGGGCCAACAUUUUUACCAGUUGUACUGACAUAGUUCAUGUAUAUUUUAGCACUGAAUACGUCGGGGUUCGGAUCCUUUAUAUGCAUCUCAGUGCAAAUGUUGAGGAUUGUAAAUCUAUGAGUGUACAUUAGACUCCAUCUGUAAUAAUUACAGCAUGAUUUUAAUUGUAUAUUCCAUUAAAGACUUCUACAGAGUCAAUUAUUGGUAGAAAGACUGCCUCACGGCUGUCGUCGAGGGAUUUAUUGGAAAAAAACACAUCACUCCUCCAGCUGGAUGUCAGAACUGUUAUCAUUCAUCA